GGGAGUUGGAACUUGUUGGUAUGUCCCUAACUUGUCUCGCAAGUAUGUUUGUCAAGUUGAGGAAUUUGGCUUAUCUUGCAUGCCUUUUUGCUACUUGCAUAAUGUUAUCGUCUCAUGUGUUUAUGCACUCUACUCUCCAGUAUAAUUCUGGUACAACACAUCCGCAACAUUAAGGGAUCAUAUGGACACAUAUAUACAAUACAUAAACUAUAUUUAGCAAUCAGUUUCCUUAGUUUAUUCCUUUUUUCCCUAAUCAUGGAACAACUCCAAUUAUGCAUAUCCUAUUUUUCCCUUCGCCAUGGGAUUCACAAUAUUUCUUUGUUAUUUCUCCAAAGAAGUGCGCAUGAUGAAAAUACUUGAGUGUAGUGAAUGACUGAAUACAACUAGCAUAGAGAUGGGGUAUGCAUGUGUCAUCUCAUUCUUCCGGUUGGCCAUAACUUUAAAAUUCUUCCUUCACGUUGAUUGAUAUUGUAUACAUGUUGGAAGCUCUUCCCAGACAGUGUACUCGUCCACUGUUGUGUUUAUGCAAGCAGAUAUUCCACAAAACUGCCUUUGUUUUUCUUUUUCACCAUUUUCUCUUUGAACGAUUGUUUGAUUAUUGUCUAAUUUAUUUAUGCAUAUUUGACAUUGACAAUAUGUUUUAAGACAUUUAUGCUGUCUCCUUUUAGUGUCUCGAUCAACAGCUCAAACUCGAACAUAUUUGUCUCUGGUUCGUGUGAUGCAACUGCACGUUUAUGGGAUACAAGGAUAGCUAGUAGAGCUAUUCGGACGUAUCAUGGUCAUGAGGGGGAUGUUAAUGCUGUCAAGUUCUUUCCAGAUGGGCAAAGGUUUGGAACUGGCUCUGAUGAUGGUACAUGUAGGCUAUUCGACAUGAGGACAGGGCAUCAACUUCAGGUUUAUGGUCAGCGCCAUGAAGAUAAUGACAAUGAUGCCCCCAUCGUAACAUCUAUUGCCUUCUCUAUAUCAGGAAGACUUCUUUUUGCUGGAUAUUCGAAUGGUAACUGUUAUGUAUGGGACACAUUAGUUGCUGAUGUAGUCUUGGACUUGGGAUCCCUGCAAAACUCACACGAAGGAAGAAUAAGUUGCCUGGGUCUUUCGCCGGAUGGCAGUGCCUUGUGCACAGGAAGUUGGGAUAAGAACCUCAAGGUUAGUUCUUCAAUAUAGCUUCAAUGGUUUAUUCAAAACCACAUGAUGGAGAAUCUUUUCUAAUUUUAGCUCUAAUCUGCUACAACUAUUUAGUAUGCACUAGUUACUUUGUUUGCUAUGUGAUGUGUUUUCAUUCUUAGGAAUUCUUUGAGUCUAAAUUCCGAAUUGAAAGUAUAAAAAUAUUUUUCCAAAUCCACCCUAAAGCAAUGUCAACACCUGAAAUCUUCAACCUGACACUUGAAAUCAUUUAACUUACUUAAUGCUCCUCAUGUUAUUUUCUCCAUUUGAGAGUUAUUAUAAUCUGGAUCUUUCUUGAGUGAUGGGUAAGUACGCUGAUUUUCAUAAGAGUUUAAUGAAAACACCCAAGGUAUACACGUGAGUAUUCUGGGAAUAUAUGUUGUAGCCAUUAUGUAGGGGUCUAUCUUAAACCUUGAAAAAAGGUUGUAAACCGUUGUAUUUUCUUUUGCCCUUCUUUCCAUCUCCCAUUAAUAAUUUCCCCUGCUUUACUCCUGCCCUAGUGUAAACCUUACAUACCAUUUAUAAACCUAACACCACCUCUUAUGAUUUAUCCAGUGCGUAGAUCCACAACUCAUGAUCAUCAACAUCUCCAGUACAUAGCGGUUCUCAUUCUCCUUUUUUCCCCUUUUAUUUCUCAUUUCUCAUUUCUAUUUUCUUCGACCUCCACCACUACCCAAGUAAUAUGAGGUGUGUCUUGAAGCAAAUUAAAUGAUUUCAAAUGUCAACUAAAAUUCAAGAAUUUAAGGACUUAACAUGGAAUGCUGGAGACCUGAGGGUGCAUGUGCGAACUACCAGAAAGAAAAGG